UAAAGGUAUUGUACUUAUGAAAGGUGAAUUUGACAACAAAGCAAUGAGUGUCACCGAUGCACAGUUCUUAGCCAAUCAGAUGCAGCUUUACUAUGCCCAUCAUGAUAAGGAGCGAUUUGAUUUGCUGAAGAUUUUCAACCAACAACCACAGCAUUUUAAACAUAUGGAUGUAAUAGCACAAUUGAAUAGGGGAAUUGAGAUUAAGCCAAAAGAAAAACAGGACAAAACAGAAGACAAAUCCGAAUCAAGUUAACAAUCAAGAUUCCCAUUGACUAAAUUGAAAGAUCUAAAAAACAUUUAUUCCAGCAAGUUUAAGGGAUAAUUUUAAUAGUCAAAUAUUAAAUAGGUUGUUGGAAGGAGCCAAAACUGUAUAGAAAUAGAAGACUAAUGUAGAUGGAGAUAAACGAACAAGAAUUA